AUGCUGACCGGCGAAUUUAGCAGCGCCGUCUGGAUCAACUCGACGGACAAGAAACUCCUGGAGAAGGCGGUUGGAGGAAGCGCGACACUGGACUGCCAAUUCACCCUGGCCCCGGAUGACUUUGGAAAUCUGGAAAUCGAGUGGACUCGGCUCUCUAAACCUGGCCUAACACCGGACUCUGAAAUCAUUGUGUAUUCCGCCGGGCAGAUCUACGAUCACUACUACGAGCCUCUCAAAGACAGGGUCCACUUCACUUCCAUGGAUCCAAGGAGCGGAGAUGGCUCCAUUAACCUGCUACUGCUGACACCCUCAGAUUCUGGGACUUACAGGUGCCAAGUGAAGAAGGUCCCUGGUAUCCAGAGAAUUACGACCAUCCUCCGGGUGAUGCAGGCUCCCUCCAAGCCAAGUUGUCACUUAAAGGGCACUGCAGAGGUGGGCGGUAAUGUGGUGCUGCACUGCAAUGCCGUGGAAGGUGCUAUCCCCAUCGACUACAACUGGCAGAGAACCACCGAACCCUAUGCGCUACCAUCGCCUGCCCGUUUAGAUGUUACUGCUGGCACGUUCCACAUUCUCGGGGCAAAAGAGACUGACUCAGGGACCUAUCAGUGCACUGCCAGGAACCGGGUUGGAAUGGAGAACUGUAUUUUGGAUCUGAAGAUUGUUCAUCCUUCCAUGGUUGGCAUGAUUUCAGGAACAGUAGCAGGCAUCCUCGUGGUCCUGGCUGUGAUUACCUUCAUUGUCUACCGCCGCUACAAGUGCAAGGACGAUUUGGUGGAAGAAGACACUGCAAAUGACAUCAGAGAGGAUGCAAGUCCUCCAAAACACAGAAAAUUAGUCACCGAAAGCACUGUGUAA